AUGGCAUCUUUUCCUGACUGUCCCACGGAAAUCAUCGACUCUAUUCUCCAGCACGUGUCGUUCCGUGACCUACUCGCUAUGAGUCUCGUGAGUAAGAAGCUACACAAAUGCGCAACGCCGUUGCGCUAUUCUAGAAUCGACCUCACUAUACAUCGAGACAACCCACGCUCUAUAAUUCACCUUUGUCGAAGCAUUUUCAACAAGCCUGAGCUGGCGGCCCAUGUCGGCUCUGUUCGUUUGCGCGAUGGCGAACCGGCGGAUGGCCGAAGAUACUGUAAUAUAAACGAAAUACCUAAAGCUUCUCCACCGCGGCCAACCGAUAAGGAUGGGAUGUCCGAAUUCGUGCCCUUCAUCUCGCAUUCUGGUCUUGCCUACGCCGACAUUUGGACAGAAAAACUGCGUCUAGGCGACCUGAACGCUUUUGUCGCAUUAUUCCUGUCAAGACUGCCCAACCUCAAACGUUUUCGCGUCGGAAAUUUGGUCGUCUUACCGGACCCCGAGAAAAAAGAACUCUCUAGGAACCCGCCGACGGCAGCGCAAGACAUGGAGAAUCAGUUCCUGGGGAAGAUUUUCCAGUCCGCUCUUGACCCAUCAAAUCACGGCAUUUCUCGGUUCCAAUACCUCGAACAUAUCUCAUUCCCUUGGCCUAUAACCCCAUGGCCUGGGAAAAAUCCGGACUUUUGUAAACCUGAGGACAUGAUAGCCCUUCUAAGCCUUCCGUCGGUGCGCAGUAUCUCGGGCUGGUGUCUAAACCCUCCAUCGCUCCCGUUCAGUUGGCCAGUAGGCCCACCAGAGCUGGCUUAUCUUACAUCACUAUCUCUAACACACAUCCACGUCGAAUUUCUAGCACAGAUUCUUAAGAGAAUUCGGGCAUUAAAGGAGCUACGCUGGGUCUGGAAACACAUACCCGAUGUCGAUCCACUGAAUACUGAUACAAUGAAUCUGGAUAGAUUUGUUGAAGUAUUGCUUGUAGUCCAGGACACUCUCGAGGAUCUCAAUAUUGGUGUCGACAUGAUAUGCCCGUGGUUUAAUCCCGAGUUUCAGAAUCUAGAAAUUCGGGGUUCUCUGAGUGGUCUGCGUAGCAUGGUCAACAUUAAGCGAUUCAAGGCACCAUUCGGAUUGUUGCUUCCAGACUGGGAUGGCCAAAAAGACUCGUAUACAAGACGACUGGAAGAUAGCAUACCCCCUAAUGUUGAGGUUGUGACAAUCAGCGAUGACGAUACGAAUGAUUACUUGCCUUUCACCGACCGAGAUGACGAAUGGCCUAAGCUUAGAUCCUGGAUGUCAGAGACUGCAUGGAAGACUACACCGUAUCUAAAGGAAGUCCGCUUAUUCCUCCAGAAGAGCUCUGAUGCAGUCCAUUUCAGUAGGCUUGACGAGCUUGAGGCAAUCUUCCAAGGAAUAGAUUUGCCACAUAAAAUCAUCCACGAGAGCGAGGCAUUGCACCGAUGGGACUGGGACAUGUAG